AUGAAUCGAAGCAAAAUGCUAGAGAUGGUCAGUGAUACAGCUUUUUUCAAAUUUGCAAAAUCAUCAUUAUAUAGCAUAGCAGAUAACGAGUCUUUGGAAAGUAAAAGGAUUCCAAUAAAUCCAAAUCUCCUUACUUUUAAUGAUAAAUUUCUUGAGAAAAGAUUCCACCAGCAGCACACAUGCCAAAAAGGGGUCAAUAAAGGCCCAUCUUCAGAGUUCAAGAAUAAUAUGCUAAUAUUUUUUAUUUUCUUAUUUUCCUACAUAGCAAUCACAAUUAGUACAGCUAUUUUACUUUAUUCAAGCAGUAACCAAUCUCAAAAUCAUUUAAUCAUAAGAGUGAUAUUUCUUACAAUGAUUCUAACUGUGAGUUUUUGUAUUAUAUAUGUGAUCUUCAAGUCAUCAUACUUUUUAAACAGAAAUAAACAACUAUUUAUCCUUUUAGGGUCUAUUUUUAUGACAUACUUAAUUAUUUGUGAUGAAAGGGUUUUAUGUGGAAUUACAAGUACUGAUUAUGAAAAAAAUAGCCAAAAUCAUAUGCUAGUUAUAGCUUGCUUCAUAGUCUUUUACAAACUCGUUAUUUUUGAUCACUUUGUAUAUGUUGCUCUUUUAUCGCUGCUAACCCUUAUCUUUCUUUUAAUAUUUAUGCUAGCUUUUUCUCCUCUUUCUUAUUUAGCUACUCUCAGUGAUUAUUUGGUUUUACUUGUAUUUUUAAUACUGCAAGUAAUCGAUUCCUGACAAAUUGAUUACAGAGCGAAACAACUGUUUUGGAGACGUGAGCAAGAGGAAGAAGCUCUAGAUCCUUUAGCUAAUGAAGAAAAUGGUGACGUUUUUGCGCAGCAAAUGUGAACGGAGAUUGAGUUAUUAUUACAUAUGUGUGACAAAAUCAAGGCAAAUAUUAAACAAUCGUCAGCUGUAAUUAUGUUCAAAGAUAUAAAAAAUAAGCUAAAAUCUGCACAAAGUGAUAUAGAAAAAGUAAAACGAGGAAUUGCUCAUGGGCUAAUUAUGGCUGAAAUCAAGGUCAAUAGCGACGGUAUGGACGAGCAAGAUAGGGUGUUUUUAUCAGAAUAUUGUAUGGACCAUUCUUUAGCCACAAAAUUCAAAAGCUUGUCUAGAAGGCCAUCUACUAUGGAUUUAAAAGAAAGAGACCUAUCGUUUCCGUUUAGUUCUUAUGGGGUUGCUGAAUUAGAAUCAGUUCUUUCAAGCAUUGGGAAAAAUUGAAAUUUUGAUAUAUGGUUUGUGUAUAAUGCCACUGGGCAUAGCAUUUUUAUAGUCGCAAAAUUUUUAUUUGAAAAAUGAAACUUGAGUACAACUUUUAGCAUUAAUGAAGAAACAAUUGAUAGGUUUUUUAAGACGCUAGAGAGAGUAAUUACUAUAUAGAAUUACCAUCAAAAUCCUUAUCAUAACUCAUGCCAUGCAGCUGAUGUGCUGCACACAAUGCUUUAUUUUUUAACCACAAGUGAGAUUGUGAAGCAUCUGAAUCCAAUAGAAAUCAUUUCUCUUAUGGUUGCCUGCUUAGGCCAUGAUGUAGGUCAUCCAGCUUUGACAAGCCGAUUUUUAAUAAAUAACCGUGAUGAAAUCGCUAUGAUAUAUAAUGAUAGCAGCGUCUUAGAAAACAUGCACAUCUCCAAAAUUUAUGGGAUCAUGGGGAAUAAAGGCUGCAACAUUUUUGAAAACAUUGACUCAGAUGACUGAGUAAAAGCUAGAAAAUUAAUUAUUGAAAUGAUAUUAGAAACUGACAUGUCAAGGCACUUUGAAAUUUUAGGAAGAUUUAGGGCUAGAGCUAAGAAUUUAGCUGAUUUAGCCCUAGAUGUCCAUGAUGAUAAAAUUUUGAUUUUAUCAAUGGCAUUAAAAUGUGCUGAUAUCGGGCAUUCAGCGAAAAUUUCUGAACUUCAUGAAAAAUGGACUGCACUUGUGUGUGAAGAGUUUUUCAGGCAAGGAGAUUUGGAGAAGCAGAGAAACCAGCAGGUUUCUAUGUAUUGUGAUAGAGACACAACAGAAAUUCCAAAAUCUCAAGCUGGGUUUAUUAAAAAUAUUUGUUUGCCUUUAUUUGAUGUGUGAUGUGAAUAUUUGAAUAAUGAUGCAAUUAAUAAGUAUGUUUUGGAGCAGCUUAAGAAGAACCUUAAUUAUUGGGAAGAAAAAACGAGGGUUAGAAGAGCAUCAAUGCAAAUUAUAGAUACAACUGCUAGAAGAGAGGCAGAAAAAAAGUUUUUAGGCUUAAGCCCUAAAGCUAAGCCUGAUCGUUCAACUUAG